CACAGCAAGAAAUGACUGAGACACAUUUCAGAACUGUCAGACAGCAGGUUGCUUUUCUGCAGUAUUUCCAUGGAUCCCAAAUAAUGAAUGAAUCUCAUCUGUUUGAAUGUACUCAGGUAUAAGUUGGUCAUCUCUUGUUUAAAUUGAGCCCUGCCAAUGAGCCUGUCUUCAGAGUUUUGACAACACAGUAGCAGUAUGCAAUAGUGGCUGUGAGUCUACCAAUACAUCAGUUUGUGAGUCUACAUUCUCUGAUUAACCGUUGACUCCACAUCAUGUUCAGUCUCAUUACAAACUGCUGCAUCUGGGCUCGGAAAGUUCAGGAGCCAAUAAGAAAUGUUACUCUGCUGAUCCUUGGUCUAAGCCAUACAGGGAAAACUGCAAUAGUGAAAGGAAUACAAAAAGAAUCUCCAUUCUUAAUUCGUCCAAGUGGUGGAUUUUCCAGGACUGAUCUCAAGGUAGAUCGUUUUAAUGUGACAGUAUUUGACCUUGGAGGUGAGGAGAAAAUCCGAAGUACUUGGAAGAAUUAUUAUCCUGAAGCCCAUGGUUUUAUUUUCGUUGUUGACUCAACGGAUGUGAAGCGGAUGGGGGAAGCUAGAAAUGUUCUGUCUGAAGUACUAAAACAUCAAAAGAUGUCUGGGAAGCCUGUUCUUGUACUAGCGAACAAGCAGGAUAAGACUGAGGCACUACCAGAGUUCGACAUUAUUGAGCAACUAUCCUUGGGAAAACUGGCAAAUGAAAAUAAAUCCAUCUGCCGCAUUGAACCAUGCUCAGCUACUUUGGACUAUGCUGAAAAGAAACUAGACAAAACCAUUUUGAAGGGGUUGCGAUGGUUGCUGCGUGCAAUUGCCAAGGACUACACUGACCUGUGUGCGCGAUUGAUCCAUGAUAGUAUAGCACCAAAGGCAAAACAGCAGGAACAAUUGGAAGAAGCACAGUCAAUACUCAGGAUACAAGGAAAACGGAAAAGGCGGACUAGAGUUGGACUGGGGAAGCAAAAGCGACAGCAUUUGAAAGACUUUGAUGUCACACCUCACACAAAGAUCAACCCUUCAAACCAUAUAAGUAAUGGCAUCAAUGCUCAGGAUGAAGAAAAAAUCAAAAACGCAUUUGUUACUAGGAAGAAAAAGAAAAAGUUGAGGGUUGGUGGAGGCAAUCUGACUUUGCCUGGAACUAGGAGGCUGCCUGAUGGGAAGAAUUCCCCUUCAGAUAUGGUUGACAGUGCACUUGUAUCUGACAAUGGGAGGAAUGAGAGAGGUGAUGGAAAAAUCCCACAGCUGGACAAUUUUCAACCAGCAGAGAAGAACACACUGAUGCCAGGUUCUGUGAACACAGAACCAGCCACAGAUGAAAAGAGACACACAAGGAGAAAACUAAAAAAAAGCAAGAAUAAAAUUAAUUCAGCAGACGUCGAAGACAGUUUUUCCAGAAAUGUGGACUUAACAGCACCUCUGGAUCUCUACAGAAAAGCGCUUCUUGCAUUGAAGACCAGGCCACAAGCAAACAACUAGUCAACUUAUUCAAUAAAGCAGUAAGGAGAAGUAUUGAAAUGAGUAAAGCAAGAUUUUCAGUUGCUGGAUACUCUUCACUCUGGAGAAUAUGAACAAUUGAUACUUUACUUGAAGCCCAUGCUUUCUUGAACUAUGUCCAAGAUUGGAAUUGAUUGGCUAGGAUAGCCAAAUUUCAAAGAUUGCAUUUACUCUUUCUCUGUAAGAUUUCAAGAAAAUAUUGACAAAUCGUACAAAUAAUCAUGGCAAAUUCAUCAUGUUCUGGUUCGUCAAAUGCUGCAGGAGACCUAAAGUCCUGGUUGCCACCCACAUCAGAUUGUGAUCCAAUGUCAAUCCAGAGCUCAUUUAUGGUUAAUCAACACACCUUUUAUAUUCCAUGCCUUUCCUCACAUCUGUCAUAUUUUGUAUUGUUUGUUUCUUGCUUAAUAGUUUUUCAAGGGGAAGAUCAUUAUCUGAUGACCUUUUGCAUAAUCUUCAAUGCUAUGAAAACAGGACUUGUGGCAUGGUGGUUAUGUUCCUUGUCCUGGGUCUGCGUUCAAAUCCCAUCUAUCCAGGAGGGGUAUU